AUGGAGAAUCUGGAAGCCGUAAAGGCCUCUCUCGAGCAGGUCGUCCUCGACCCCCGCUACCAUGAUCUCCUCACCCUCGUCAAGGCCUUCCGCAAUGGCAUCGUCUACGGCACCAAAGUCCGCUUCCCGCACGCGCUGGUCAUGAUCUUCCUCUUCCGGCACGGCAGCCUCCGCUCCAAAGUCUCCCUCGUGCUGCGCGCAACCCGCACCCACGCCCGCAAUCUCGGCCGCUUCGCGCUGAUCUACAAGACCUCGAUGCUGCUGCUGCGCUACAGCUCGCCCACGCAGAAGGAGCGCCACUACGACACCUUCCUCGCCGGGCUGAUCGGCGGGUAUGCCGUGUUCGGGCGGGGGAUCCAGAGCAGCGUCAACCAGCAGAUCGUCAUCUACGUCUUCGCGCGGGUCGUGCUGGCGCUGGCCAAGCUGGCGAUUCUGCCGCGCGGCGAGGGGAAGGUGAGUGGCAGCGGAGGCGGGUAUGGCUUGAUAAGAGACGAGAGGCUGAGGGAGCGGAUUCGGGAUAAUGCGUGGACGGUCUUUGCGAGUCUGAGUUGGGCGGCCGUCAUGUAUGUCUUCAGGUGGCAUCCGGAGACUGUGCAGCCGAGUUUGAGGAGCAGUAUGAAUUAUAUAUACGUGAAUUCGGACCAUUGGGACGGGUUGAAGACAUUACUGUGGCAUAACAAGUAG